AUGCAUCAUUUGUGUGCAAAGCACCAGCACAACAAUCAUUAUCAGGACCUGGAUCUGGCGACGAAGACCCAGGGUGAACUUCCGCAACCAGACGACAAAAUUUCUGAGCUACCAAGUACACCAAGCCCGUCUUCAUCGAUUAUCGCACCACCACGGCAACAGCCAAGGUCAGGUAGCAGGCAACCAACAACUUUUUCGGAAUGGCAACUACUUGCUGUACUUCAUCGGGCCAAUUUAUUGCAGUAUUACGACGAAUUCAUUGCUCAAGGCGGAGAUGACAUCAACCAGUUCAUGACAUGCGAUGAACAUGAAUUCCUGGAAAUAAUGUCAGUGGUUGGAAUGGCCUCAAAACCGCUUCACGUCCGACGGUUUCAACGAACGCUCACUGAAUUCAGUAAAGAUCCGGAUGCAUUCAACCUGGUUGCCAUCCAGCAGAUUGGUUUACCACCGGCUGCAAGCUAUGGAUAUAUCCCACCAACAACAUCAGCUACUCCAACUGCCGCCUUGCAAUUUCUCAUGUCAUCACAAAAUCUUGCUGCUGCAAGUUUGGCUGUUGCUGCUGGUUUGCCAUGUACUAGUCCGUCCAUUACUCACGAUCAAAACUCGCCGCGAUCACUCUUACAACCACUAGUAUCAGCAUCAGAAUCGCUGCAUGAAUUAUUCAGUGCUGCAACGGUAGCAGCGGUAGCUGAAGUGGGCACCUCAGGGACAACAUUCACCACAGCAACUAUUGGUGCUACGGCAAACGUGAUGACCGGUGAUUUCCUGACAAGUUUAGUAGCUGGUAUACCACAAUCUAGCGGUAGUUGUAGUAGUGGUAGCGGUGGUGCUGCAGCUAAUUCCAUGCAAGGAUUGGAAUCAGCGACAUCGUCCAAGAUGGCAUCCUCCUCAACAGAACAUACGCCUGCGACAUCAGGCCUAAUUCAACUUUCUGUCGGUUCUCCAACAAGUAGUAAUGAAGCAAAUUGUGAUUUCGAUCAGCUAGGAGUUGGAACAAGUACAACAUCAGAAACACCAGUACUAACAGAAGCUCAAAUUGGAAGGCUUGCUCAGUGUUCUCAUCGUCUUAUCGAACAAAUGCCGCAACUUGAACCUAAAUUAAUACAGAACAAAAAGAAAAUUAGCCGAGAGUUACUGGAUGUGAUGCAAUUACCAUUUGGUUCACCGCAACGUCUUCAAGAAUAUCGGAGAUAUUCAGCAAUUUAUGGACGGUUUGAUGCGAAACGUAAACCAGACAAACCGUUAACUUUGCAUGAAGUUUCAGUUAAUGAAGCAGCUGCACAAUUAUGCCUUCGGCAACCUGCACUUUUGACUAGGCGUGAUGAAUUGUUUCCACUUGCUCGACAGGUAGUAAAGGAUGCGGGUUAUAACUAUGUGAAAGGGAUGAAAAAAAGUGAAGCAGAUAUUAAAAGGCAACGUUCGCUAGUUGUAAUGGAUUCAUUUUAUCCCAGCGAACCAUCCCAAUCUCCACAAAGUUCUGCUUCAACUGGAAGUCCAGGAUUAGAUGAAGGUACUGUUGAUUCCGGAAAUGAAUUAACUGCUGCAUCAUCAUCAUCUUCUCUGGUAGCAAUGAUUGGUAAAUGUGAUGAUGCCGGAUCAAUCAUUACGUCCAAUCGGAAAAAACGUCGUCGGGAAUCGUCACAAGAACAGGAACAACUGGAAUUAUCAUCAAGUGUGAUACCUCUUAUAACACCGGAAAAGCAGCAAAGAUUAAUCGUUAAACGACAUGCUGCUCCCAUCGAGAAACAAUGCAAUACAACAAGCGGUACUAAUGAUGACACAUAG